AAAAGAAAUUUUAAUAACAAUACCGUCCGGCUAUUGCAUUCGUAUAUUUAUUUAAUAACCAAAAGAACUCUAAAGUUGAUUCCCUUGACUUACCUUGAUUGGUAAAAGUAGUAGUGCUUUAAUGUUAGUGCAGAAGUAAGAAUGUAACCUUAAACGCGGAUGUGGUUUUUACUUAGUUUCAGAAUUUUUUUAAUACAAUGUGCGUGAUUAAAGUGUUCUACAGUUCCUAAAACAACAGUCGGCAGAUCAGUCCAGCAUGGCCACGAAAACAAACAUUAUAUUUCAUUUAGUUUUCAUGCAAAUCCUGGUAUGGUAUACAAAAUCCGAGUACAUCCCAGCUAGACCACGAUACGAAUGCCCUAAAAAUUUAUUAUACUUACACCCAUGUAAUUGCGAUGAAGAAUCGGAUAUUGGAAUUACGGUUUCGUGUAAAAACACGAACCUAGCAAAAAUGAGCAUCGCGCUCAAUAAUCUGGCCGAAUUUCGAAUACCUGUGGAAAAAUUAACGAUAUACAAAUGCAAUAUAGCUCGCCUGUUUGGAAGUUUACUUUAUAAGGUGCAACUGCGACUUCUGCACAUCGAAGAUACUCCUAUCCAAAGCAUAGACGAACACACCUUCUUAGGUGUAAAUAAAAGCUUAAAUGAAUUACACAUAACGAAUUCCGCCCUCAAGGAAUUUCCAAAAUUAGCUUUUAAGAAUUUAGGCAAUCUAACAGUGCUAAGGAUCCACGGACAUAAUAUUAAUUCACUUCCAACAGACGCUUUUACCGAAUCCCAUUUAGCGGGAAAAUUAUUACGGCUGCAUAUAUCAAACGGAAGUUUAGAAGCGCCAUCAAGUGAAGCCUUUCAGGUUCUUCGAAAAUUAAAAACUUUAGAUUUGCAUGGGAAUCAGCUUAAGGAUCUUAAACGAAAUCAGUUUAAGGGUUUAAGGGAAUUAGAAGUGCUCGAUUUGAGUUAUAACGGCAUAAAUAAAUUGGACGGCUCGCACAUUCAGGACUUAGUGAAAUUGGGAUGGUGCAACGUAUCGCAUAACAGCAUCGGGGAGAUACAAAGGGGAACGUUUGCGAGAAAUUCCGUUUUGAAGGUGCUAAACAUGUCGUCUAAUAAAAUUAAGAAACUGGAUUCGAACUCGUUUAGGGGCAUGAGGUUUUUGAGGAGAUUGUAUUUGUCUGACAAUAUGAUUUCGGACGUUGGACGUGGAACCUUUAGUGGAAUCAGCAAGAUUGGAACGAUCGAUUUGGCGAGGAAUUUUAUUAAGAAAAUCGACUACCAAAUGUUUUAUCAGCUAAAUUUUAUGGAGAUAAUUGAUGUAUCCGAAAAUAAAGUAACGGCAAUAGAAAAACUGGCGUUUAAAGAUCUGUACUUAACAAACAUCAAUAUUUCACGAAAUGCCAUAACAAAGAUUGAGAGAGGUGCUUUUGAAAACUGCGCCAACAUAACCGUGCUGGAUUUAUCACACAACUCCAUUGCUAAUUUGUCCAAGGAAACUUUUGAUGCCACAACUUACGCCACGGAAAUGAUAUUGUCUUAUAAUUUACUGACGGACCUAAGUUCGGUGCCGUUACAUAACAUGACGGGACUGAAGAUAUUAAAUGUUUCGCACAAUUCAAUCACGAAGAUACCAAAGAAUACGUUCCCGAAAUUAUACGAACUGCAUACAAUAGAUCUAUCCCACAAUAACCUGACCGACAUUUUUAACGCAGUUUUUCAAACGUUAUUUUCAUUACGCAAUCUAAAUCUGAGCCAUAACAGUUUGGAGAGCAUAAAACCGGGAGUUUUCGGAACGCUGCCAACGCUACUCGAAUUAGACUUGAGCUACAACAUACUGAAAGACGUAGCUAGGAGCAGCUUAACUCGACUGUCUAGCAUGCGAACUUUAACGCUGAAGGGAAAUCAUCUGGAAACUUUAUUUCAGCUACCGAUUUCUGUUGGUUACUUGGAUUUAUCCCAUAAUUACAUUACAAGUAUUCCACCAAAAUUCUGGCCCGCUAUGAAUUCGUUAUUAAGUUUAGAUUUAAGUAACAAUAUGCUCGAGGACAACUUAGUUCAGGGAAGUUUUCAAAAUUUACUGACGCUACAAAAACUUAAUUUAAAUGAUAAUGGAAUCACUAAACCUCCUUGGGCCGCCUUGAGUGAUCUCAGUUCGCUGCAGUACGUAUAUUUGGAGCACAACCACAUCGAAGAGCUUCCACGUUCAGCAUUCGGCAAGCUUCCAGUAGUUUUCGAAUUGCACCUCGCCCACAAUUUAUUGUCAAACAUCAGCGUUAGGGCGUUUGACGGACUUCUCCAGCUGAUCAACUUGAAUAUGUCAAACAACAAGAUCGCACACAUUCCAAACGGCGCACUGCAAGGACUCGUAUCAUUGCGAACCUUAGACCUUUCCGGCAACGAGCUAGAAAAGCUCGAUAAUAAAACGCACGGCUUGUUGGAUGACUGCUUCUCUAUUGAAAGGGUGAAUCUCAGUAAUAAUAAAAUAACCUUUAUAUCCCGAAAGAUGUUUCCAAGUAAUCCGUACAUACCUUACAACUUGAAAAACAUAGAUCUCUCCUACAAUAACGUGCCACUCGUGACUUACGAUUUUGUCUUUGGAACUUCGAAAGUGGAAACGUUAAACCUAACGCAUAAUUCAAUCGCGGAUAUUAGGCGAUAUGUUCUAGGUAACCUCACAAGUUUAAGGACGUUGGAUUUGUCCUUUAAUCUCUUGGAGGAUAUUACGAGCGAUCCCGAUGUGUUCAUACUUCCCAAAAGUAUAUCGGAAAUAAAUCUGUCGCACAACAUGCUGAACGAGCUACCCUGGAGGGAAGUAAUAAAAGUUGAAAAUCUCACGACUUUGGAUCUACAGCACAACAAUUUCACGGUGUUUACCAAAGAAAUGAAUACUUUGGUCAACAACAAAACCAGAAUUCUUCUUAAGGGAAAUGCUCUUACUUGCGAUUGUUUUGCCCGACCAAUGCGAAGAUAUUUCGAUACGCUGCUCGAGGUUCCACAGUUUUACAAGGACGUUAUUUGUAGUGAACCCGAGUAUAUAAAUGGAAAGCCGCUGUUUGAAGUGUGGGACGAUGGCUUGUUUUGUCCGAAGGAUGUUAAUCUGACGAAAAGUGAACAAAACGAGUAUGAAGUUGCUGCAGAUGUUAAAAUACGCGAUUUAAAGAUGAUAAAAGAUGACCUAACGGUAUCGUGGAGCGUUAUCAAGAACGAAGACAUUGCAGAUCCCUACGUUGUUAUCAGGGGAAUAAAAAACGCGAAAGAUGCAUUGUACGCUAAAACACUGCCAUAUUUUCAAAGGAAAUUGGAACUAAAUAUAUUUAAAGAAAACCUAGCGAAAAUCAAGAGUUCCAGGCGCGAUUACGAAAUAUGUGUUGUAGCGAGGAAUAGUUUGGAUAAUGUUAGGAAUUUUUUCCAAAAUCAAUGUCGCGGACUUGACACGACAAAUGGAACUGCGAGAUAUGUUUCCUGGAAUAUUUAUUUUAUUUUUGUUUUGUUGCUUGUAAAUUAUUUAUUUUAAUAAAUUGUUGUCUUUUA